CAGUGCUGCUGUCUCUGGAUUCAAUGGAACUGUCGGUGGUGAAAUUUAAGCCUAUUGAAGCAACACCAGAGACCUUCAAAGAGUUCGGACAAGUGAUUCAUGCGUCGCCGGACGGCGAGAGUUUCGGUCCUCACGAUGCUCAACUAGAUCUCACCCAAGGCACUCCCAGGUUGUAUAUCAUGCAUCUUGAGGGUCGGGAUCUCGGGUUCUCCAGCAUAACACAUCAUGCUAAUGUGACCCAAUGCCUUGGUUCGGUUGGUGGCAAUGCUUGGUACCUUGGAGUUGCAAAGCCAUCGAUAGUGGAUCCAGAUGUGGAAGACAAGGGUGCAAACAUUUUGCAAUCACACAGUGGUCACUUUUUUGUGCCUCCUGCUGUUGACAGCAUUCAUGUCUUCAAAAUUACCGGUCCAAAGUUUCUGAAGCUGAACCGGGGGACUUGGCAUGCUGGGCCAUUGUUUAAGCCAGACACCACAAUGGAUUUCUACAAUCUUGAACUAAGCAAUACCAAUGCGGUGGAUCAUACAUCCCACGAUUUCGAGAAGGAAAAUGCAACGGUGUUUGUGGUAGAUGAUUAGUUGUGCCAUAACCGAUUGCCAAUCUCACGUCUCUGGAGUAUGUUGAUUUUAGUAAUAACACAUUUGAAGGUUCAUUCUCAUUCAACUCAUUCUCUAAUCAUACAAAGCGUGAGGUACUUAAAUUCGUAAGCAACAAUAACAUAUUUGAGGUGGAAACAGAAGAGUCUAUAGGUUGAUUCUGAUGUUCCAAUUGAAAAGUCUUGUAUAUAUUUAGAAAGAAACUUAUGUAUAUCACCCAGAAUAGCAGCAUUCAUGUGAUUUUUUAGACAUGUCCAACCACACCAUGUUAGCAUUCAUAAUUCCACAGCAGCAUACGAAUAAUACCGUUACAUGAGUUGUUUCUUAGGUUGAAAGUUCUGAGCAUCCUAUUAUUUUCAAUCAACCAAUUUAGAAACUGUCCCACCAAGGAGUUGCUGGAUAGGUUUAUUACCUGUGACUUGUAACUUAUGCUGAUGAAGUAGAAUCCUACGAACAACAGGUCUUUUCAUAUUGCACCUAGAUAGCAAGAAUUUUCAACUGGAACAUCGGAAUCCAACCUAUAGGCUCUUCUGUUUCCAUCUGAAAUAUGUUAUUAUUGCUUACGAAUUUAACAAACCUCAUGCUUUGUAUGAUUGGAGAAUAAGCUGAAUGAGAAUGAACCUUCAAAUGUGUUAUUACUAAAAUCAACGUACUCAAGAGAUGUGAGAUAGGCAAUCGAUGGUUUACAUAUGGGGAACUAUUCAUCUUGAAGCUGCUUGUAGUUUGUAGUCUUCAAAAGGUUUCUGCUCACUUUUGCAAUGUGCAUGAGAACCUUUUUGUUUGCACCAUUUCGUUUUGUCAUUCCAUUCUCCAUUGUAAGACUUAUUUUCAUUUUCUUUUCCAAUGUUACAUCUGUAUUUCUUCUCGGCUUUACGAAAAUAAAUGUUAUAUUAUUUUCUUUUGAUAA